AACUCACCUCAAGAACGACUCUCAGUUCCUGGGUCGCCUCUUCAACUGUGCCCGGACACCGGAAAGGAGCACCGGUUACCCUCUCCGCUCCGCCCACUUCCGCCCUGCCGAAGGCACAGGAAGCAGAGGUGCCCCUAGUUGCGGAAGUGCCUCGCCCGGCUUCUUCAAGUCCUCUCGUCUCCUCUUUCUCCCUCCGGAAACGUGGCUGUAGCUAGCCAAGGAGGUCCGGAUUGAAGUGGAAGGGGCAGUGCUCACAGGUCUGGGCAGGUGUCCACAAAAUAUGAGGGGCCGCCCCUCUCUGCUGCUGCUCUACAUGGGAUUUACCACCUGCCUCAAUACUUCACCCAGUGGGGAGAAAGACCAAGAAGUCUUCCUGGGUCCCCCAGAGGCCCAGAGCUUCCUGAGUCGCCGUACCCGGAUUCGAAGAGCCAAUCACUGGGACCUGGAGCUGUUCACACCGGGGAACCUGGAACGGGAGUGUCUGGAAGAGAAGUGUUCCUGGGAAGAGGCCAGGGAGUAUUUUGAAGACGACACUCUCACGGAGCACUUUUGGGAGAGCUACAUCUACAAUGGGAAAGGAGGGCGUGGAGGAGUGGAUGUGGCAGGCCUGGCUGUGGGGCUGACAUGUAGCAUCCUGGUCAUUGUUCUUGCCGGCCUGGGAGCCUUUUGGUAUCUGCAUUGGCGACGGCGCCGAGGCCACCAGCCUUGUCCCCAAGAGGCCGGGCUCAGCAGCCCUCUGAGUCCUUUGAGCCCUCUGGGCCCACCGACGCCCCUGCCUCCACCCCCACCCCCAGGCCUCCCCACCUAUGAGCAGGCGCUGGCAGCCUCUGGGGUACACGACGCACCUCCACCCCCCUACAGCAGCCUCAGGAGGCCUCACUGAAGAGCUGCUUUCAGACCCGGCUCUCCGAACCGCGACCCUGAUUCACACCGGAUUCCGGAAGCCCCUACGCCUCGUAGACUCCGAAGCUGGACUUGGAAGGGGGGAUAGUGGGAAUAGGGGUCGUCCGGCCCGAGGCCUGCCCUGGCACACGCAUUUCCGCCGCGUAUGGAUAUACAUAUGUUCUCAGCAAUAUGUUCCUGUGUCCUGGUCCCUCACGGGCCCCCACACUCUCCUGACCGUGAGGGCACCAAUCAAAUCCCGCCCCGGUGGUAGACAGACGCACGGGGAAACUCGUACCCAGGAGCGAAGUCCCGGCUGUGCCGUCUUAUGUGUGAGCAAAUGACCUGACCAUGCCCUCCAGUGCCACAGGGUACGCACACGCAGAGCCCUGCCUGUGCACACGAGUGUCUUUGUGCACUCCCCUUGUGGUACAGGGGCGCUUCAUAAUCCAGGGAAAGAGUGGGGGCGCAUUCGCAAGUGUGCUCGGUGCGGGCAGGCUCGCACUACACCCAAGGAGCUGGAGUUGAGGUGUUCCCCUAAAUAAAAACCCUUCGGAAAGGAGACCAAAUAAAGCAGAAACAAUGAAAAAAAAAAAUCUAAUGACAUGAAUCGCGA